AUGUUUCGUAAACAAGAGAAAACUGUUAUUGAUAUUAUUGGCGCUAAUAUAAAAAUAAUUAAUGACAGAAUGGGCAAAGCAGAGUUAAACGUCAACGCGAAUGUAAACAAAAUUAAAGAACUUACAAAGGAAUUGGAAAAUAUUAAGCAUAGUCUAAACUACAACGAAGAACUAGUUGACAAAAAAAUUAAUGACAACAAUAAACAACUAGAUAAAAAAUUCGAACAUACUAAUAUAGAAAAAUUUAUAAAGGAAAAGCAACGAAACCUGGAAGAUAGAUCAAGAAGAAAUAACCUACGAAUCGAUGAAAUUGAUGAAAAUGGGCAUGAAUCAUGGGGGGACUCUGAAGAAAAAAUUCACACAUUCUUUUGGCAAAAACUUGGACUGAAAAAUAUCGACAUUGAACGUGCCCACCGCACUGGAUUAAAGAAAGAUGGACGACCGAGGACAAUAGUACUUAACCUGCAGAAAUACAAAGACAAAAAAAAAAUCUUGAAAGAAUCUUAUCGACUAAAAGGCACAAGGUUUUUUAUUAACGAAGACUUUUCUCGUGAGACCAUUGCUAUUCGGAAAAGAUGA